AUGGAUGAGUCAUGCAAGUGGUAUGUCUGCGCAGUCAUGAAGCCCAAGUUCCACAGACUAUGGAUGGUCACCAUGUACAAGGGUCCUCACACGUGUAUACGGAUUAGGGUGCGAAAUGAUGGUAGAAUGAUGAGUUGUAAUUUUAUUGUAGGUGACAUCCUUGAGAAGUUAUGUGAGGAUCACACUACCCCAAUUAAGCAUCUCAGAUCUAUGAUAGAGUCGAAAUAUGAGGGUCAUAAGCCUUCUUACUACAAUGUAUGGGAUGCGAAACAAAAGGCGAUUGGGAAGAUGUUUGGGAAUUGGGAAGAGUCUUACCAAAGUCCAAGUAUUAAUGGAUUCAAAUAUUGCAAGCCGGUUAUCAGUAUUGAUAGGACCCAUCUGUAUGGUAAAUAUCAGGGAAAGUUGUUGGUUGCAAUGGCAACCGACGCUAACAACAAGGUACUCCCUCUCGCCUUUGCUAUUGUGGAUUUUGAGUCAAGGUCCAGUUGGAGGUGGUUUUUACAAUGCCUCAGAGAUGCGAUUGGCCAUGUGAUACCUAACGAAGGCAUUUGCAUAAUUCCUGACCGACAUCUCGGUAUCAAAAAUGCCAUUACAAACUGGCGUAGAAGGGAUGAUGGAAGACCACGGGUAUUUCAUAGAUAUUGCUUUCGACAUAUUGCUAGCAACUUCAACACACAUUUUCAGAACUCGACUCUAAAGUCAACGACAUUGAAAGUGGGAUAUGCUACUCAGGUAGUUAAAUUUGAUACCAUAAUGGAGACCAUUAAGCAAGUGGAAAUUAAGGCCAUUAGAAAUAAGAAGAAGGUGACGGGGAAGGAUAGCAAGGAAAAGAAUGAAGAUUAUCUUCCAUGCACAUACCUAAUGAGGGAGUCUGUGGAUAUGUGGACCUAG